AUGGAUAAUCAAUCCAGUAUAUCUGAAUUUAUGCUCUUUGACUUCUCAGAAGUAGGAGAACAGCUUUAUUUCAAUGUUUUCACUGUAUUGUACUUGGCAAUUCUGACAGGCAAUCUCCUGAUCAUCUCUGCAAUACUUUGUGACCAUCAUCUCCACAAUCCGAUGUACUUCUUUCUGAUGAAUUUGGCCAUACAAGACCUUGGUGUUAUUUCUGUCAUUGUCCCUAAAUCCAUAGCCAAUAUCCUCAUGAACAUGAGACAUAUUUCUUAUUUUGGAUGUGUUUGUCAAGUUUUCUUUUUUGCCUUUUUUAUGGGAUCUGGUGUUUGGAUCCUCACAGUCAUGGCUUAUGAUCGUUAUGUUGCCAUUUGCAAUCCAUUGCACUAUGAAAAAAUGAUGAAUAAACAAGCCUGUAUUUACAUGAUUCUUACUGUGUGGGUCAGCAGCCUUCUUAAUGCAUUGUUGCACACCUGUUUUACCUUUGCAGUUCCUUUUUGCUCAAACAUAAUUGAUCAGUUUUUCUGUGAAAUCCCACAGCUUCUUAAAAACACUUGUACAGGCUUAAAUCAAAAUGAAAUCAUAACUCUUGUGUUCAGUUUUGUCUUAGCAAUGGGCUGCUUCUUCUUUAUCCUAAUAACAUAUGUGUCUAUUUUCAAUGCUGUAAUGAAAAUCCCCUCCAAGAAGGGAAGGCAAAAAGCCUUCUCCACAUGCUUACCCCAUCUUAUUGUUAUUUCUAUAUAUCUUCUAUCUGCAUUGAGUAAAUAUAUGAAGCCACCUGCUGGUAUACAGGAUUUAGCAACAACUAUACUAUAUUGCUUUGUCCCACCUCUACUGAAUCCAAUCAUCUAUAGUAUGAGGAACAAGGACAUCAGGUUUGCCUUGUCAAAAGUUUUAAAGAUGGAGAUGUUUCCUCGAAAAUAUUUUUGA